GGGGGGUGGCCAUGGCGCUGGCGGCGCGCGUUUCCGCCGUCCGGCUCGGCGGCGCAGAGCCCCGCGGGCGGCGCGGAAGCGUUCGGGGCAGCCAUGUCGCCUUUGUCUGCGGCGCGGGCGGCCCUGCGCCUCUACGUGACGGGCGCCGCGGUGGUCCUGGCGCAGCUGCUGCGUCGCUGCCGCGGGGGCCUCCCCGAGCCAGCAGGUACCCACCCAUGAGUGAAGGUUGAGCAGGCAGGCCCCCAGCGGCAAGGCGAUGGAGAACAAAGGCCCGGAAGGCUCUGCUGCAGACCUAAAGCUCGUGGCCCACCCCCGCGCCAAAAGCAAGGUGUGGAAGUACUUCGGCUUUGACACGAACGCAGAGGGAUGCAUCCUGCAGUGGAAGAAAAUCUACUGCCGCAUUUGCAUGGCGCAGAUCGCCUAUUCCGGAAACACGUCCAACCUCUCCUACCACCUGGAGAAGAAUCACCCCAACGAGUUCUGCGAGUUCGUCAAGAGCAACACGGAGCAGAUGCGCGAGGCGUUCGCCACCGCCUUCUCCAAGCUCAAGCCCGAGUCGUCCCAGCAGGCGGCGGCCGCGGCGCAGGGCACGCUCGCCUCGAAACCCGGCCACAGCUAUGAGAGCAAGAAGCAGCAGGAGCUGACUGCCGCGGUCAUCAGCCUCAUCUGCGAGGGUCUCUACCCAGCCUCCAUCGUGGACGAGCCCACCUUCCGGACGCUGCUGAAGACGGCAGAUCCCAGGUACGAGCUGCCCAGCCGGAAGUUCUUCUGCAGCAAGGCCAUCCCAGAGAAAUACAGCGCAGUCAGGGAGGCAGUGCUCAAGGAGCUGGCCGAUGUCCCCUGGUGCGGCAUCUCCGCUGACAUGUGGAGGAGUGACAACCAGAACCGGACGUACGUCACGCUGGCCAUCCACUUCCUCAGCAGUGGCUCCCCCAACUGCCUCUCCGUCGGCUCCAGGUGCCUGAAGACCUUCGAGGUGCCGGAGGAGAACACGGCGGAGACCAUCACCCGGGUCCUGUAUGAGGCCUUCAUCGAGUGGGGCAUCAGCUCCAAGGUCUUUGGGGCCACCACCGACUACGGCAAGGAUGUGGUCAAGGCCUGCUCGCUGCUGGACAUCCCCGUCCACAUGCCGUGCCUUGGGCGGACGUUCAACGCGGGCAUUGGGCAGGCCUUCCAGCUGCCCAAGCUGGGCGCGCUGCUAGCCAGGUGCCGCCGGCUGGUGGAGUACUUCCAGCAGUCCGCGGUGGCCAUGUUCAUGCUGUACGAGAAGCAGAAGCAGCAGAGUGCCGGGCACUGCAUGCUGGUGAGCGACCGCGUGUCCUGGUGGGGCAGCUCCCUGGCCAUGCUGCAGCGCCUCAAGGAGCAGCAGUUCGUCAUCUCCGCCGUGCUGGUGGAGGAUAGUAACAACCACCACCUCAUGCUGGAGGCCGGCGAGUGGGCCACCGUGGAAGGGCUGGUGGAGCUGCUACAGCCCUUCAAGCAGGUGGCUGAGAUGCUGUCGGCCUCCAAGUACCCCACCAUCAGCAUGGUCAAGCCCCUGCUGCACAUGCUGCUGAACACCACGCUCAACGUCAAGGAGACGGACCCCAAGGAGAUCAGCAUGGCCAAGGAGGUAAUCGCCAAGGAGCUCUCCAAGACCUACCAGGAGAUGCCCGAGAUCGACAUGUUCCUGAACGUCGUCACCUUCCUGGACCCGCGCUACAAGAAGCUGCCAUUCCUCUCCGCCUUUGAGAGGCAGCAGGUGGAGAACCAGGUGGUGGAAGAGGCCAAGAGCUUGCUGGACAAGAUCAAGGACGGGGGCUUCCAGGCUCCCGAGGAGAAGAUGUACCCCCUGCCCGAGGAGCCCCCGGCCAAGAAGCUCGCCCUGGCGCCCACGCUGCCGCCCACCAGCGUCAUCAACAACAUGCUGGCCGAGAUUUUCUGCCAGUCGGGGAACGUGGAGGAUCAGGAGGAGUGGCACGCGCAGGUGGUGGAGGAGCUCAGCAACUUCAAGUCGCAGAAGGUGCUGGGGCUCAACGAGGAUCCUCUCAAGUGGUGGUCCGACCGUCUCGCCCUGUUCCCGGUGCUGCCCAAGGUGUUGCAGAAAUACUGGUGCGUGGCGGCCACCCGGGUCUUCCCCGAGCGGCUCUUCGGCUCCUCGGCCAACGUGGUCAGUGCCAAGAGGAACCGGCUGGCUCCCGCGCACGUCGACGAGCAGGUCUUCCUCUACGAGAACCUGCGGAGCGGGGCGGAGGCGGAGCCCGAGGACGAGGACGAGGGGGAGUGGGGUCUGGACCAGGAGCAGGUGUUCCCGCUGGGGGACACAGUCAGCGUGCACAGCGGCUUCUUUGGGAUCAGGGACGGUGGGUUUGUGUAGCAGCACGCGGGAGGAAGGGUGUCUGGCCUUGCAGGUUUGCAGAGAAUCAUCCAUUGGAUGCUUGGCUGUAAAUACUUACCCUAGAUGCUGUCCCUUUGGCUUCUUGUUUCACAUCCGUCUUCCAUCUCGGAAAGAAACGGGAGAAAGAGGAAAAAGUAAAGAGAAAGGGCUCUGGGAGUUUUGGGGGAAUCUGUCUGCCACAUCCUCUCCUCUUAUCCUUGACAGAAAGAGAAAUAGGAGGCUGCCGAGGAAUCUCAAAUACUAAAAAGUUGCCAGUAGGAGCAGCGUUUGCAGGCUGUGUUGCCUCCCAGAUACUUGCACAUCCCACACAAUAAAUGCUUUCCAUGGCAGGGACUGGAAUACGUUAGAGAAAAAUAAAAACUUGAGGGCAGACGCGAAGCAGCCCUCUCCGAGCACCGGCAACUGAGCUUUAGUGAUUCAGAGAGAAAUGCGUACGUGUUUACAUUUUGGUUUAAGGGAGAGCUUUGCUGGGGAAAGUCGGGACACAUUCUUUUGCAAAAAAAAAAAAGCCCUUGAAAAUUUAGAGACAAGUUUUAAACGUGGUGAAAAAAUGUUUAAAAA